GACGGAUAUCGCAUCGUGAACGAAAGCGAUGGCACCAACCGCUGCGUGCAGAAUGUUUGCAAGUGUGCGAACGGAACCGCUGCGACUGGUCCCGAGUGCACGACGCACGAUGCCAACAUUUGCUCCAGCUGUAGCGAUCCUGCAAAUUUCCGACUGGAAGACGGGCACUGCAAGCAGAAUAAAUGCACAUGCACGAGUGGAACUCCAGCGGGACCGGCCCAACUCAUCCCUUGCAGCAGGCACAAUGGUCACAUUUGCGCAAGUUGCGACCACGACGGGUUGACCCUCGAUCUCGUCACGGGGCACUGCAAGCAAAAUGUUUGUGGCUGCGAUAUACGCAUUGGAAAUUUCAUGUCUGGGUCAGGGAACGUGAGACGCUCUGACGCUAGUAUUUACAUAAGUCUAAGUAUGCAACAAGAAGCUUUUGAGGUGCCGAGAGAACGACAUUGAUUUCAUUUUCGCAUCAUGAGCAGCAAGCAAUCCAAUCAAUGCUUCUGCUUGUGCUUCCUCUUGGGUUUGGUUGCGAGAUGAGGUAGUAGUUACAUAAGGAAGUUUAGUUCUCAGAGCCUGUGAUGCUACAGACGCGCCGCUUUCUGGGCCAAGGAAUAGCAAAAGCUGCUUAGCGACCGUCUGGUGCACUUUUCCAGACCCGGACAUACUUCCACUGCAUACAACCAUGGCACCGCAGCCACGGGACCAGCUUGCAAGGUGGGCGGCUCCAACACAUGCGAUAGUUGCGAGCACGAGGGAUAUCGCCUGGACCACGGCAACUGUCUGGAGAAUAUCUGUAAGUGCCUCAACGGUGAAUCUGCCCGAGGCGCAACCUGUACGGAAAAUGGCGGCGACAUCUGUGAGACAUGCAAGGAUGCUGGCUACACGAUGGACGCAGACAAGAAGUGUGUGCAAAAUAUCUGUGUUUGCGAAAACGGCGAUCCGAGGUCAGGCAAGAACUGUACGGCCAACAGCGCGAAUCUAUGUGACACCUGCGACUCUGGAUACCACCGGGAAGGCGACAGCUGCGUUUUGAACCAGUGCACCUGCGCCUCUGGCAGCCCCGCGAACGGGAC